GCCUUGAUAAACUGUCCUUGUACUGCUACAGCUGCUCUGUUCUGAGGAAGUAUCUCGUGUCUAUAUAACUGAGCCUUCCUGAGCCGGGAUUCGUGCUCAUCUUUUGUUCAUAGCACGUACUUCCUCUAUAUCUCUACAAACAUAUCCUCGAAAUUCGACACAAUGGUUUUGGAAAGGCUAAAGCAAAUGUCGGCACAGUUGACUGGUCAGCUUCCGCCACCUCAUCCCCUGGAUCCUCUGUCAAGCAGUGAGAUCAAGGAGGCUGUGGCUAUCGUCCGCAAGGAGUACAACGAUGUCUUCUUCAAUGCUGUUACUCUUUGGGAGCCCAGAAAGAAGGAAAUGAUGGCCUGGUUGGCAUCACCCGAAACUGUGCAGAGACCUCAUCGUGUAGCGGAUAUUGUUGCAAUCGGCAGAGGAAGCAAGGUCUUCGAUGGCACUGUCGAUCUUGAGGAGAAGAAGGUUCUGAGCUGGGAUCUCACGGAGGGUGUUCAGCCACUGAUUACUAUGGAAGAUCUGAACACUGUAGAGAAAGUCGUCCGCACGGAUCCUAAGGUCAUCGAACAAUGCGGCAUCAUUGGAAUUCCUCCUCAAGAUAUGCACAAAGUCUAUUGCGAUCCUUGGACUAUUGGCUACGACGAGAGAUUCGGAAGCAACGUCCGUCUUCAACAAGCAUUGAUGUACUACCGCCCUCACCCCGAUGACAGCCAGUACACAUAUCCUCUGGACUUCUGUCCCAUUUUCAACGCGGAUACCCAAGAGAUCAUCCAUAUCGACAUCCCUAAGGUCAGAAGACAGCUCAAUCAAGCACCACCUAGCAAUUUCCAUGGCGAAGCUAUCGAAAAGGAAAUUGGUCUUAGGACAGACGUGAAGCCUAUCGAGAUUACACAGCCACAAGGUGUGUCUUUCGAGAUGGAUGGACGUACUAUCAAGUGGCAAAACUGGUCUGUUCACAUUGGAUUCAACUAUCGCGAGGGACUCGUCUUGAGCAACAUCAGUUUCAACGACAGAGGCAACGUCAGACCCGUAUUCUACAGAAUGUCUCUUGCUGAGAUGGUAGUGCCGUAUGGUAACCCAGAACACCCUCAUCAGCGCAAGCAUGCAUUUGACCUGGGGGAGUAUGGUGCUGGUUACAUGACCAACAGCUUGUCGCUCGGCUGCGACUGCAAGGGUGCUAUCCAUUACAUGGACGCUGAGUUCGUCAACAGAGCGGGUGAUGCUCAGACCAUCAAGAAUGCUAUCUGUAUUCAUGAAGAGGAUGCUGGCAUCCUAUUCAAGCACACCGACUUCCGUGACGAAUCAUGCACGGUAACUCGAGGCCGCAAGCUCAUCAUCUCGCAAAUCUUCACCGCCGCCAACUACGAAUACUGUGUCUACUGGAUCUUCAUGCAGGACGGUACGAUCCAGCUUGAGAUCAAGCUGACCGGUAUCCUGAACACAUACGCUCUCAACCCUGGCGAGUCAGCUGCUCCUUGGGGCACUGAAGUAUACCCCGGAGUCAAUGCACACAACCACCAGCACCUGUUCUGCUUACGUCUAGACCCUAAUAUCGAUGGACCAAGCAACACUAUUUUCCAAGCCGAUGCAGUGCGUGGAGAUGGCGAAGUCGGUAGCGCAGAGAACUACUACGGCAACGCUUUCUACGCCAAAAAGACGGCGCUGACAACCCCUGCCACUGGUAUGAGCGACUAUGAUGGCAACACCAGCCGUACCUGGGACAUGGCAAAUACCAGCAAGAUCAACCCCUACUCAAAGAAGCCUGUUUCUUACAAGCUGGUCAGCAGAGAAGUGCCUCCACUCUUGCCCAAGGAAAACAGUCUUGUCUGGAAGAGAGCCGGGUUUGCCAGACACGCUGUCCACGUCACCAAGUACUCGGAUGAUCAAAUCCACCCUGCAGGCCGCCACGUUCCCCAAACGUCUGGCGAGCCUUCGCAAGGUAUUCCUGCCUGGAUUUCUGCCGAGCCAGAGGCAAAUCUGGAACAGGAGGAUGUCGUACUUUGGCACACAUUUGGUCUGACGCAUUUCCCUGCUCCCGAGGACUAUCCCAUCAUGCCAGCCGAGCCCAUGACCGUGUUGCUCCGACCUCGCAACUUCUUCACCCAAAAUCCUUGUAUGGAUGUGCCGCCUAGCUACUCAAGCACACCCACACAGAUGGCAGCGGGCAAGAGUGGUAUCAAAGGAGUCGUUGACAAUAUUAGCAGGCUGGCAUUUGGCGAAAAAACCAAGGCAGGAAGUAACGAUUGCUGUGGCAAGUAG